CACGCCUUAACGUUUGCAUACUGUAGUGGCUGUCACUCGGCUCACUGGACCAACCAAGUUUGGAGAUUCCUAACUGGUACUACCCCGUUGGCGGUUUCAGUGCAGUAGUUGCCUCACGUCGAUUACUACAGAACAUGGAACCGAGCAAACCGCAACCAGAUUUAAACGGCAUUGCCUUGGAGGGUCAGAGCCAGAACUUGGUAAGCGAAAAUGGACAAGCCGCUCCUUAUCUUUUAGGUCCUUUGCCUGGCUCAAAGUUCCAUGUCGGACUACAAGGUCACAUCGGCUCUCAACUCCUAAGAGUUUCCGAUAGCAUCUAAAACCGAAUCGACAGACAAAUCGUCCGGCCCAACGUAAAGAAUGGCAAGUCUGUCGUCAAUUGGGGCCAGCUGCCCGAGCGGGGGUAGCUUCUAUGUCUGCCAGAACAACGCGACUGAGUUCGUCGGCUGCUGCACCGUAAACCCAUGCGAAACUGGGUCCGGAGUAUGUCCCACCCGCUCCCUCCGACCAGCCUCUUUCUCUAGUGACAGCUAUGAUUCCGUACCCCCUCAACAAUGUGGUGGCGACAAGCAAAGGGCCCUAUGGUAUUCAUGCGCCUUCACCAAGCCCCCAUUCAUGGGUUGCUGCGAGGCAAACCCUUGCAGUGCUGGGUCAUGUCAUGCCAACGGUCUCGCACCAGCGUUUCUCAGUUCCGAUGCUCGGGACCGAAGUAUAUUUGUCGACGGCAAUUCCGAUCCAGCGCCCACGACGAGCAGCACCGCGGCGCCGACUCCAUCCCUCCCCGAUACAGGUAGCAGCGGUGGAGGGCUACACACUGGCGCAAUUGUUGGGAUUGCGAUUGGCGCGACCGUUGUUGCGAUCGCGAUGUUAUCGUUUCUAGUCUUCAGAUGUCGACGGAAUCGAAGACGGGCUGCGGUCGAAGAUUUCAGAGGGGGCGGGCGUCCCGGGAAAGUGCCAGCGGGAUACGGUCCCGUGCCUAUCAUGGGCUCACCGGAAGGAUUCGAUUUGUCGAGAUUCCACCACCUUCGUGACCUCAGCCAUGGGACAGGGGAAGGCACCCUGGCGCCCUUGUCGCCUGGGAUGGCACACAAAGAUAGUCACCACGUGUCUCUCAUGUCGCAAAAUUCAUAUCUCUCAAAUACUCAGUCGCAACCCAGACCAGGGAGCCCGGGCCUCGCUGAACUUUCGGCAGCUGAGGCGACGCCACUGCAGGGUAACAGGGUUUCGGAGCUCUCGGCGCCGACGACACCGCUACCUGACUUUUCCGCACGCCACAGCCAGCAGACGGCUGGUUGGGAUAACAAUGAGCUGCAGAUAUGGGCCGGAAAUACCACGGCGGGCCUUGAUCAAGCAGGCAUCAGGGUCGGAAUGGCCGAACCGCGGACCGGGCCAGAACACUAAGAGCCCCAAGCGUGAUCUAUUGAGGCGUUAUCCAUUGAUUUGCCAGCUAUUCGAUAUUCGUACCUAUCUGCUAGUCGGAUGAAAUCCCUCACAUGGAUCUCGAUUGGCUUGUUACCACGUGUCUGGUGUCGUAUAGCAACUCGGUCUCGAAUAAAGCUAUUGGGAGGUUUCGCUGCAAGGGAACUAAAGUUUUGGGGAGGGAACUUUGCCCAUGGCUUGGGAUUUAAUUUCUCAUAAUUAUUAUACUUCUGUUCCAAUCGGUAGAGUGAGCAGGGCUUAGUAUUGUCUGUUUCAACAGCUGCCCAUUCAGCCUCGCAUAGCCUAGAAAAAUAGGCGUCGCGACUCCAGGGGUUAGUAUUGUUCUUCUGUGUAACCGAAAUGCUGGCAUUGCUGGGAACAUUAACACAAGUUGAAUGUAACACUUAAAUAAGACCGGAACCCAGAACCAUCCCAUCUCUUGGUUUGGAAGCGAACAAGCAAUUCGGC